GCUCGCUCUCCUAUUCUACCAUGGAUCAGGAUCUUGUGGAAGAACCACCGCAGAAGAGAGUAAGAGGCGAUCCUUCUCCGCCGCCUCCUUCGAACCUUUUAGAUCAAUCGAUGGCGAGAUCUUUCCCUCUACUGUCUCUCGUUGGUGGUCGAAGGAGCUCUAAAACGCCAAAACAGAAACGGCCCAAACCUGAUGAAGACCCGAAUGGUGGUGAGGAAAAAAGGAAAGAGAUCAGACAAGUUUCUACUCAUGUAAUCCCAAAUUCAAAUACUGGUAAGACCAAGCCACCUACGACUAGGAGACAAGGCAGAGGCAAGGAUAUUGUUGCCUCUGGAAACACCAUGAGUAAAUGCUGUUCUGUCUUUGACGACUUUGGCCUGGAAAAAGUCAGGCAGGGUUUCCACAGGCAAGGCAACAUGAUACGUUAUGACUUAUUACUUUUAUGGGACUCUCACCAUGGAUUUGUUGCUGAAUGUGGUCCAUCUAGGGAUGUAGACUUAGGUGAACCCCUUUCCUUGACUUUGCUUAUGUUUUCUGGCCAUGAGAAUACUAGAGUGAAUUCUCCAAUGGAAUCUGCAGGCUUUCAUGUGGAUGAUUCACAAGUAACAUUGAAUGUUUCUCUGGGCCAUCAAUGGAGACACAGUGGAAGUGUAGUUUCUGUAUCGUCUCCAGGAAUAUUUGUCUCUGAAAUGCUUCAGCCUAAAUUCUAUGAGAUGAUGCUAUCAAAGGUAGAUAAGUUCGGAGAGUGGGUUAAUGUGGCAAAGAUCCAGAUCACGAAACCAAACACCAUGAGGAAAUACGGUACCUUGCUUGACAACUUUGGACUGGAUAGCAUGCUUGAAAAUAUCAUGGAGGUGUUCCCGGAAGUGUGUGGAUCAAAGUCUGACUCUCAGAAUGGAUUUGUUGUUGAAUAUGGCACAGAUAGGGAUAUUGACUUAGGCUUUCAUGUGGAUGAUUCAGAACUAACAUCGAAUGUGUCUUUGAGUAAACAUUUUGAGGGAGAGGAAUUAUAUUUCAGAGGCACACGAUGCAAGAAACAUGAUGUGAAUACAGAUACAAAGCCAGAGGAAAUGUUUGGUGACUCUCACACACCGGAUCAGGCUGUACUACGCCAUGGUGAUAGAGCAACAACAUCUGGUCAUGGGGUCGAUAUGAUUCUUUGGUCCACAAGAGAUGCAAUCAUAUCACAAGGAAUUCUCAAGCUGAUGCGGUCAAAGCUUCUGAGAAAAGAAAUAAAAGCAAAGCCAGACUCUUGUUGCCAGAAGAAAGAGGGUGAAGCUGAAGCUUGAUGAAACAAUACCCGUAGCUUACACAAAUAGCAAUCAAUCGGUCAAGCCCUGAAAGUAUUACUAUUCUGCUUUGACACUUUACUUGAAAAAAAAACUGAGUAUUUUGGGGCUCUUUGUGUUCUGAAACUUCUUGUCUCUCACGUUACUAUGUACAUGAAUUUUUUACCUGCACAAGGAACAAGGUUAUAGUAUAGUAUUGAUCUCAAGAAGUCGUAGAAUUUUACUUCUUGUUGGCGGAUGAAUAAUCCCAAUUUUUUUUC